AUGUACAGUGCUUUACCGAAAGGAUCGGCGCUAAGAUGGAGCAAAAUACGUGAUACUUCCGGCAAUUAUGUGAUACCUUAUAUCAUUACAGGUUCAUUUGACAGCGAAGAACAUCGAAUCAUUCUUGCUGCGAUGAAAGCUAUCGAGAAGAAUACUUGCAUUCGUUUCAAAAAACGCACACACCAGUCAUCAUUCAUUGACUUGCAAAAUAAAUACAGCGAAGGAUGUUACUCAACUGUGGGCCAUUUUCCCGGACGAAAUGUAGUGAUGUUGGAAGCUAACGAAGUCGCAACAUGUAUUGAGUAUGACAUUGUCUUGCAUGAAUUACUUCACAGUGUUGGUUUAUGGCAUGAACAUAUGCGUCAUGAUCGAGAUCAAUACAUUAAAGUUCAUUAUGAAAUGAUACAACCAGGUAUGUAUUCUCAAUUUGAAAAAAUAUCAACAAAUCUUGGCAGUACUUAUGGUAUUCCUUAUAACUAUCGUAGUAUUAUGCAUUACUCAAAAGAUGCAUUUGCAAAAUGGCCAGGUGCAGUAACAAUGGAAACCUCUGAUCCAAAAUUUCAGGUUUUCUUUUUGACUAAUGGUAAGAAAAAAUUCUAG